AGAUGACGUACAACCAAAUCAGAUCCAAUAGAAAACAACAUUAAGGAUUAUACGCAGUUAUACAAUACGUACCCAAGAGAAGAAUUUAUAUUUUCAUCUACACCUUUAUAAAUAUUUACGAAAAAUAAUCAUCUUAGCUGUCGAUUUCCUAUUAUUUAGGCAUUUCGGGUUUAGUUGGUGCACGAGAAGAUGGCUUCCGAUAACAAUGCCAUUGCGCAACCAAAAUAUGAAAGAACUCAGCAGCAACCUGAGAAUCCGUUUGCAAACCUGAUCCCAGAUCAAGAAAUCGCCAUUAUUCCCAGUUUCACUCUCGAGUCCGGAGUUACCUUACAUAAUGUGCCGUUGGCAUAUACAACGCGAGGAAAGCUAUCACCAAAUGCAGACAAUGCUAUGAUCAUAUGUCAUGCAUUAACCGGUUCUGCUGACGUUGCUGAUUGGUGGGGGCCACUCCUCGGUGGCUCUGGCCAGGCAUUUGAUACUUCAAGGUUCUUCAUUAUCUGUAUGAACAGCUUAGGAAGUCCUUAUGGUACAGCCAGCCCAGUGACCGCUAAAGACGGUGACCCGAACAAUGAGAGAUAUGGGCCUGAAUUUCCCCUUACUACAAUUAGGGAUGAUGUCAACUUGCAUAAGUUGCUUCUGGACGAUUUAGGCGUCCGCCAAGUAGCUGCCGUUAUUGGCGGUUCUAUGGGAGGUAUGCUCGUACUCGAGUGGGCAUAUUUUGGCAAAGAUUAUGUGCGAAGCAUCGUACCGAUCGCGACGUCGAGUCGUCAUAGCGCUUGGGGUAUUAGUUGGGGCGAAGCGCAACGACAAAGCAUAUAUGCGGACCCGAAGUAUGACGAUGGGUAUUACUCCUUUUCUGACCCGCCCACAACCGGUCUUGGGGCGGCUCGUAUGUCAGCGCUCUUGACUUAUCGUAGUCGAAACUCAUUCGAGGCACGAUUUGGACGUAAUAUUCCAGAUCCAUCUAGACGCCAGACAAUACGAGAGAGGCCUCGUCCCAGCACGCCGUCCGAGGCUCAUUUCAACAUUCACAAUGAUGGACAUAAGACAAAACGUCUAUCAAGGAACAAUAGCUACACGGAUAACCAACCGAGCGCCGCUAGCGAGAACGGUGCGAGUAACCCUAAUAGUGCCAAUGGUCAAUCGCUUGAUCCUCAAUUCUCCGGUCCGAAGAUAGACAGUCCUACUAAAGACACCAAAGAAGGGUCGUUGGGAACGACGACUUAUUUUUCAGCCCAAUCUUACCUUCGUUACCAAGGCGAGAAAUUCGUUAAGCGCUUUGACAGCAAUUGUUACAUCGCCAUCACGAGAAAAUUGGACACGCAUGAUGUUUCGCGAUACCGCACCGAGAGCAUUGCCGAGGCUCUCGCUUUAAUUGAACAGCCUACCCUAGUUCUAGGCAUCGAAAGCGAUGGGCUGUUCACGUUCGCCGAACAACAGGAGUUAGCGGAGCAUAUAAAAAAUGCUAGACUUGAGAAGAUAGACAGCCAAGAAGGUCACGACGCUUUCUUGUUACAGUUUGAGCAAGUCAAUAAGUACAUUCUGGAGUUCUUAAACGAAACGCUGCCGGACAUUAUGGCCAGAGAAGGGGAGCACGUGGAAGCAGCUAGCGUCGGUCACUUAACUAAAUCCAGCACGUUCGGCGAAGCAGAAGUAGAAGACAUCACCGCAUGGUAGACGAAUGUCAAUGCGCGAAGAAUAUGACAAAUGAAUUGAGAAAAAAUUUACCACAAAAAGUGACAAGAAAUCAAUGCCUUGUGCCGGAGGGUUUUCCGCAUAAUAAUUAGAACAUAUAUGGCUCGGCCUAGAACCGAUGCUUGGCGUCGCCCGGGUUACGCUAGCAUCUGGGAUCA